AGAAGGGAGGCACCGUAUAAAACAACAGCGAGCUGAGGACCGACCGAUCGAUCGAUCGUAAAAGAGAGCGAGAGCGAGCAGCCUAUAGCGAUAGCGACAGCCAGCAGCAAGAACGCGCGCGCGCGCGGGGGCGAGGGAGAAGGCCGGGCCGGGAGGAAAGCGAGCUAGGCAUGGCCGACCACCACGGGCAGCCGCCGGGCGGCGGCGGCGGUGGGGCGGAGGAGAUCAAGGAGCAGGACCGGCUGCUCCCCAUCGCCAACGUGGGGCGCAUCAUGAAGCAGAUCCUGCCGCCCAACGCCAAGAUCUCCAAGGAGGCCAAGGAGACCAUGCAGGAGUGCGUCUCCGAGUUCAUCAGCUUCGUCACCGGCGAGGCCUCCGACAAGUGCCACAAGGAGAAGCGCAAGACCGUCAACGGCGACGACGUCUGCUGGGCCUUCGGCGCACUCGGCUUCGACGACUACGUCGACCCCAUGCGCAGGUACCUCCACAAGUACCGCGAGCUCGAGGGCGACCGCGCCGCCGCCGCCGCAUCCUCCCGCGGGGGCGGGCCUCCCGGCCCGGACCACCCCUCCACCUCGGGCGGCCCCGGCGCCGGGGCCGGACCCGGACCCAGCGGCGGCGGCGGCGGUCAUUUCAUGUUCGGCGCCAUGGACAGGAGCGAUAACAACAGCUCCAGGCCCUUUUAAUCCAUCUUGAUUAUUAGCUUCUUGUUCAAGAGUUUAUCAAUUUCUAUCUACUCAUUUUUGGAGAGGUGACUAGCUAGCAAGGGGUGAGUCGUCUCCUACGUAUCCAAGCCAAGCUAUAUAUACAUAUAUAUAUAUUCCUCAUUAGUGGUAGCGGCAGCAGUAGCUACGAGAGCAAGUAGAGUAGUUGUUCUUGCUUUUGAUCUGGGAUGUAUUGUUCAUGUGUGAUGUUGAGAGGUAGCGUAGAUGGAGGGGAACACCAGGAGAUCGAGGAAGAAACUAGCUAGGAUCGAUGAAGAUGGAGACCAGGGGGUGUAAUUAAGCAGCGUAACUUGAGUGCACGCUAGCUUGAUCGAUGAUUCGGUCUCUGAUUUAAUUGCCAUCAGAAUGUUGAUUUGCAUGGUGAAGCAUGAAGCUGAUCUACACACUAAUGGAUCGGAUACGUAGCUCAAUUUUUAGUCUAUUUUUGUAGCCGGCCGGUAAGAAUAUUCUGGAUUCAAAUACUGUUGAUGCUCUUGGCUGCUGAUUCA